GUUAGUCCUCCCGCUCCAGCAGAGGUCGCUGCAGUCGCUUGUUAAUGCGGGCGGAGCUCUUUGAUGUCGGUAUACAAACAGACCUUGAAUCUUUUACACGUGUGUCCACGCGAUGUGGACCUUCAUUUCUUCUAACGUCAGCGUUUUAUUUAAAGAUGCGUCCGGACUCUGUGCGUAAGAGCGCGCGCCUCGAUCACUUCCGAUCGUCCUCAUCCACACCCGGAGGAGACGAACAUCUGAGCCGUCAGAGCAUCAUCUGAACAUGUCGGUGCUCCUCAGCGGGCUCCUGCAGCCUCCCGACAGGAGGUGGCCUCUGUGCGCGCUGCUCCUGCUGCUCUGCUUCACCGCCACGUGCCAGAGGCGCGAAAACAACCGCACGUGGAGCAACGGCCAGGAGGAGAAAUAUCACCACCGGACCAACUCCACCGCUCCGCACAAGAAGGCUUUUCCGGUCCUGUCUUUCAACUAUGACUACGUGAAGAAACCCUUCGAGAUCUCCCUGUGGAUCCUGCUCGCGCUGCUCAUGAAGCUUGGUUUUCACAUUAUUCCCAGAGUGUCCAGCGUCGUCCCUGAGAGCUGCCUGCUGAUCGUCGUUGGCUUGCUGGUUGGCGGCAUCAUCAAGGCCAUCGGCGAGGAGAUCCCAGUUCUUGACUCAAAGCUCUUUUUCCUCUGCUUGCUGCCUCCCAUCAUUCUGGAUGCCGGCUACUUCCUGCCUAUUCGACCCUUUACGGAGAACUUGGGCACCAUCCUGGUGUUCGCAGUGGUGGGCACGCUGUGGAACGCCUUCUUCAUUGGGGGGACAAUGUACGCGGUGUGUCAGAUUGAAGGCGCCCACCUGGCCGACGUGAAUCUGCUCUCCUGCCUGUUGUUCGGCUCCAUUGUGUCGGCCGUAGACCCCGUGGCAGUGCUGGCCGUGUUUGAGGAGAUCCACAUCAACGAGCUGCUCUACAUCCUGGUGUUUGGCGAGUCACUUCUUAAUGAUGCCGUCACUGUGGUUUUGUACCACCUGUUUGAGGAGUUUUCCCACGCAGGCAGUGUGACCGUUGGUGACGCCUUCCUCGGCGUGGUGUGUUUCUUCGUGGUUUCGGUGGGCGGAGUCAUGGUGGGAGCCAUCUAUGGAAUCCUGGGUGGCUUCACGUCCCGCUUCACUUCACACACGCGUGUCAUUGAGCCGUUGUUUGUGUUCCUCUACAGCUACAUGGCGUACCUGUCUGCCGAAGUCUUCCACCUGUCUGGGAUUAUGUCGCUGAUCGCAUGUGGCGUGACCAUGCGACCAUACGUGGAAGCCAACAUUUCCCACAAGUCCUACACCACCAUUAAAUACUUCCUGAAGAUGUGGAGCAGUGUGAGCGAGACGCUCAUCUUCAUCUUCCUCAGCAUUUCCACCGUGGCUGGUCAUCACGCUUGGAACUGGAUCUUUGUCAGCUCCACGAUCGUCCUCUGCCUGGCCUCUCGAGUGCUGGGAGUCAUGGGCCUGACGUACAUCAUCAAUAAAUUCCGCAUUGUGAAGUUGACCAAAAAGGACCAGUUCAUCAUCGCCUACGGUGGCCUGCGAGGCGCCAUUGCCUUCUCGCUGGGCUUCCUGCUGACAAACGAGAGGAAAGACCUGUUUCUCACCGCCAUCAUCACAGUCAUCUUCUUCACCGUCUUUGUGCAGGGAAUGACCAUCAGGCCUCUGGUGGAGCUCCUCGCUGUUAAGAUGAAGAAGGAGAGCAAAGAAUCAAUUAAUGAGGCCAUUCAUACACAAUUCAUGGAUCAUCUGCUGACAGGAAUUGAAGACAUUUGUGGACAUUACGGACAUCACCACUGGAAAGACAAGCUAAGACGCUUCAAUAAGACCUACAUCAAGCCGUGGCUGAUCGCAGGCGAACGCUCUGCCGAGCCUCAGCUCAUCUCCUUCUAUCACAAGAUGGAGAUGAAGAACGCCAUGAUGCUGGUGGAGAGCGGCAGCUCCGCCAAGCUGCCUUCAAUGGCAUUGACCAUGUCCGAGCAGAACACUCAGCCAAAGGGUCCGGAUAAAACCAGGGCCAUACCGAGCAUCUCAAAACGCCGUGAGGAAGAAAUCCGGAGGAUGCUGCGAGGCAACCUGCAGAAGACUAGACAGAGGCUGCGCUCUUACAGCAGACAUGACCUGAACGUGGACCCAUUUGAGGACGACGUGAGUGAAGUUCGCUUCAGGAAGCAGAGGGUGGAGAUGGAGCGGAGGUCUCCUCUGCAGAUGAGUAGCUACCUCACAGUUCCUGCCAACCAGCAGGAAACGCCAUCAGCAAGAAAAGUAAACUUCGAACCAGAACACCAGGUCUUCAUGUACAAUGAAGACGAUGAGACCCAAGCCCCCCGAAGACGCACAGUUCAGCCAAAACCCAGCUCUGGUCCAGCUGUCAGCCUGUCAGCUGAGUCGUCCCGAUGGACCAAUCAGAGCAGUGCGCAGCAAGCUGAGGCCGACGCCUACCUGAAGGGGGACGAACAGGACCAGCUGAAGAUGUCGCGCUGCCUCAGUGACCCCGGCCCCCCCGAGAGGGAGGAGGCCGACCCCCACCUCUCAUUGUGAAGAAAUCGCUUGAAGAUGAAUUUUCUUCUUCGUUACCUUGUUAAAUGUUGCAUCCAAAGAGUGGAAAUCUGAACCAGAGCAGGAGUCAAAGCAAAGGUAUUUAUUUAAAAAAAAAUGAAAGUGUUAUUUUUCUGUUUUUAUGUAAACUUCUGCAGUUUUUAAUGUUUUCGUGCAGCGCUGCCCGUUUGAUAUUUCAUCCAACGUUUCUGUGAUAAUUUUGUGGCUCACCGAUGAGACAGAAAUUUUAUUUGAACCAGCUGAUUGGUCAAAUGCAUUUGCUAGAAAACCAGAUAAAGGAGUGUGAUAAAUCACAGCAAAGGCUCAAAAAUAUGCUUUGUCAGAGUUUAUUUUCUUGGCUUCCAGAAUGUCAAAUAUCAUCUCAGCUGAAGCUCUCCUGUAUUAUUAGAGGGCCUGUGAAGGAGUUUUUUUUUUUUUUUUCUUCAGUAUUUGUACUUCUUUUUAACAGCUUUGAGACACUGUGCAGAAAUCAGACUAUGCAUCAUGUGUCCACUGUCAGUUUUAUUACAUUUUUUUUAAUAAUUGGGCACAUUUUCACUGUUGCACUGAAUAUUCCUGAACUGUUUUGUUACAUGUUGUGAACGCUGCACUUCCACAUAUCUGAUGACUGACGUGUGCACGCUGUGUGUUUUCUGAAGUAACAAGCACUGCCAGUAUUUUAUGCAUUUUGGAAAAAAAAUAUCUGUUUGUCAAAUAAACAAAAGCUUUAAUUUAUCUGAAAUAAAGAUUAAGUUCAGUAAU